AUGUGGAAGUUCCAGGAAAGUUUGGGCUGUUUGUUGCUCCUCUGCUGCGUCUGCUUCAACGAGUGCCGGGUCCUGAAGUUUGUUGUGGCUGUGUUCCGACAUGGCGAUCGAUCGGCCGUUGAAUCGUAUCCCAGAGAUCCUCAUGGGGAGAAAGUGUGGGCUCAAGGCUUCGGACAGCUGACUGAGCUGGGCAUGAAACAACAGUUUGAGCUGGGCCGGUUCCUCCAGAGGCGCUAUGGAAACUUCCUGAGUGAGGAAUACAACUACAAGGAGGUAUAUGUGAGGAGCACAGACUACGACCGCACUCUGAUGAGUAGCCAGGCGUGCCUCGCUGGGAUGUUCCCCCCAACCAGUCGCCCGCCUCCCAUCAUGCCCCAGUUACUGUGGAGGCCUAUUCCAGUGCACACCGUCCCCAGGGCCCAGGAGAAGCUGUUGAGGACUCCAGGCAAAGAAUGUCCAAGGUUCACAGCUCUGAUGAAGGAGACCUUUGCGAGCGAGCGCUACCAGAGUUUCCUCAGGGCUCACAAGUUUGUGUUGAACGCCGUGAUUCAUGCGCCCGUUAACCACCAACAACCUCACUUCCUGGAGGCACUUUCCAACCACACCGGCUACCCCGUCUCCAAACUGGUUGGCAAAAAGAUAUGGGGGGUCUACGACACUCUUACCUGUCAGCGGAUCCAUAACUUGACUCUCCCACCCUGGGCCACCCAAGAUGUCCAGGACAUCCUGAAGAGGAUUGUGUCAUUUGAGGCCAUGUACAGCUUCCUCAGCCACAAGCGCAAAGAGAAGGCCCGGCUCUCGGGAGGGGUGCUGCUGAAUGCCAUUCUGCUGAAUUUCUCCAGGGCUGUAGAGCAAGGGAGCUCUCUCAAAUUCAUUAUGUACUCGGCUCAUGACUCGACCCUCGUCACCCUCCAGGCGGCUCUGGACGUCUACAACGGCAUCCUUCCUCCUUAUGCUGCCUGUCAACUCUUUGAGUUCUACCAGGAGUAUGAUGGUUCCUAUUCUCUGGAGCUGCAUUACCGUAAUGAGUCCUGGCGCGACCCGUACCCUAACCCCGUGGCGGGCUGCAGUGGGAUGACCCCCUGCCCUCUGGCCAUGUUCACUGAGCUGGUGCGGGACGUGGUGGCCGACAACAGGGAGGCCGAGUGCGGGUUCAGGACCAGGUUGUCAAGCACAAGUGAGUUAAAAACAAUAUUCCCAUGACUUCUAUUCCAACUAAUACGUUUUGGCCUGGUUAAAUGCUGCAAUAUGUUUAUUCCUGCAUUUACUUUGGGCCCCAGUGGGGGGGGGGGGGGAUUUCCAGCAGAGAAUGUCUGAUUUAAAAAUAUCUUGGCUUUUUGGAAAUCUUCCACAUACACGCACACACACACACACACACACACACACACACACUCACACACCUAAACAGGGUUGUGUCUCCCACAGGUGUCAUCACAGCUCUUGCAGUGACUGUCGGUCUCCUGGCGGUGGCGCUGUUGUUCAGCAUUCUCGUGACAAUCAAAAGGAGGCGAGCCCACUACUCCAGGGAGGUGUAGUCCAGAUGACACACGUGUGCCAACACACACAGAUCGGUGCUUCUCUCAUAAUAAUAAUAAUAAUGUGCCAUGUAGUUAAAAUGUUGAUGUCUG